CCAACAUGUCACUUCCUGGCCCAACACAGGUGAUUAGAAAACGUUUGGAAACUGAAACUGAUGAAAGCCGUGACGACUUUGAUGAGAUGGCUUGAAAAGAGUUACAUGCACUCCAUUUAAGAGAAAAAGAAAUAGAGAGGGAGAAGCUAUGGCAUGCGCCCAAGUGCCACUGGAUGAGCAGCAGGUGACCGAGCUUGGCCCCCAGGGAAAAGAGCACACACUGCCUGCACUGCACCCAAUCAGGAAGGAAGAUCGCUGUUUUGUGCCUUACAAGCCCCCGCCAGAAGACGGCUCUCCCACUGAGGUGGAGGAGUUUUUGGAACAUGCCAGAUUCAUCACAGAGGACCUGGAGUGGCUGCUUGCUCUGCCCCAUGACAAGUUCUGGUGUCAGGUGGUGUUUGAUGAGUCUCUGCAGAGGUGCCUAGAUUCAUACCUGCAUCACGCUCCUCGCGGGCUCGACCUCGCCACCCUGCCCGCCUCCCCGGCGGUGGCCGACAUGCAGCGCUCUGUCCACAGGGCGGUCUUCUUGACCUUCCUCAGGAUGGCCACAUAUAAAGAGUCCAAGGAGAACUUCCUCAACCCGGCUGUGUUUGGAGAGAUUAUCUAUAAUAACUUUCUGUUUGACAUUCCCAAAAUUCUGGAUCUAUGUGUGCUCUUUGGAAAGGGCAACAGCCAGCUGCUGCAUAAGAUGAUAGAGAACAUCUUUACCCAGCAGCCGUCUUACUACAGUGACCUGGAUGAGACGGUGCCCACUGUGUUACAGGUGUUUGACACCAUCCUGGAUAAAUGUGGCCUGCAGUGUGAAGGAGCCACAGCCAUGGAGCCGAUGAAGCUGAACGCACACAAACCCACUGCCAUGACCAUGAACCAGCAGGAUCUUGUAGAUCUUAUUCUGUACCUGUGUGACUCCACCACCACCAUCCAUGCCUUCCUGGACAUCUUCCCCGCCGCCUGCUCCAGCUUCCACUCCCAUGGUUUCCUUAGCAGACUGACCUCGUUUUAUGAGACCACUGUGCCUGACCUUGAAAAGGCGGUUAGGAAGAGGAACUUUGAUGAUAAAGGUCUUCAGGAGGACUUGUGGAAGAGGUUGUCCCACUCCUGUCGUAAGAUGGUGGAGACGGCUCACCUGCUGCUUCAUCACACCUGCCUACAGCCAAUCCUGGAGGGGGGAGAAAACAUGUUAACAUUUGCAGAGGAGCUCCUGCAACAUUUCACAUCUUUUCUAACUGAGAAAAGGUUCUUGUCAGACUAUGAUGAGCAGUUCCCCAUCGCAGACGACGUCAGCCUCCUGCAACAGGCCCUCCCUGUCAUAGAUGAGACCCGGACGUCCUACCUGCUCGAGGGAGUGAGAAGUGCCUGGGAUAGUGUGGGGCGACGGAAACCACAGAGCCAGAUUCAGAACAAAGUCCCCUCUGCGAUGCCAGCCUAUCAGGGAGCAGCAGGCGGUGCCGCUGCCGCCGCCUCUUCGGGUGACUUUAAACUUAAGGAGGGCCGAGAGCCAGAGAGAGCAGAGGACCUGAUGGGAGCAAAGGCCAUGUUGGAUGUUCCUCGAAAAGGAAACAAUGGUGCAGUGUGUACAGUGAGCGAGGCCGAGCUUGAGUCUCUGCUGUCGUGUAUCAAGGACCUGCUGCCGGAUUUGGGCGAAGGCUUCGUGCUGGCCUGCCUGGAGGAGUACAACUACAACUCUGAGCUGGUCAUCAACAACAUCCUGGAGGAUCGCUUGGCCCCCAACCUGGACAAACUGGACCGAGCCAUGCCAAGGCCAGUGAAGGAGGAGCUUCCAGAUGUUCUGAGCAUCAGAUCCAACGUCUUUGAUGAUGAUGAGUUCGACAUCUUCCGCAGGGACCAGGUGGACAUGUCCCGUAUCUGGAAGGGCAGGAGGAAAGGGGAGAGCGCUCGAGAGAUGCUGAACGACAAGCAGCACAUAGCGGAGCAGAAAGCUCGUUACCAGGCCUACGAGACGGUGGUGGACGAGGUCAUCAUUGAACCUGGCGAAAGUGCAGCCACCUUCGGCCUGGAUGACGACUACGAUGACGAAUACGAUGACACCUACGACAUGAACCAAGUGGGAGCUAAUGACCUGGACGGAGACAGUUUACUGAACAGAAGGCCUUUCACUGUCCCGCAGAUACUGAGAAAAGGAAACAAACCAGAGGAUGAGGAGGAGGGUGAAGAUGACGAGGAGGAAGAGACUUUACCGAACAAUGUAAACAGGGACCAGUUUGUGCAGGAUCCGGCUCUGCUGAGGGAGCGGGCUGAAGCUAGAAGAGCUGCCAUGCAGCAAAGGAAAGGUUUCCGACCGGAGCGUUCCAGUAAUGUGGUGGGCCAACCCAAAGGCCAAGGACAAAACCAGGAGACAUUACUGGACCGACGCAAAAAGGAGGCCAACAAGAGCCGCGUGUCAAAUCACAACCGCCGCACAAUGGCCGACCGCAAGAGGAACAAAGGCAUGAUCCCCUCUUGAUCUGUGUGACAGCCUGCUGCUCGAACCAAAUCGACUGUUGGUAAGAGGACGGCAGGAAGGUGGCUGAGGUGCGAGUCAGUAAAGGGAAAGAGAAACGGGACUGUCGUUCUGGGUUAAAGGUUGUGAAUUUGGUGCCCGCAUUUGUCCCCACGAUAACACCUUGGCCCCGAGGUGACCGUCUGUCCUCGAAGGAGAAGCCAGAGAAGAUUUUCAGUUGUAGGGGAAAAGUUGCAUAGUUUACAGAGUUUCUUUGGCAUGGCCACAUUUUGGCCUUUCGUGAUCAGAAGUUGCCAAGCAGCUUGUUAAAAUAAAACCUCUGCUUUUAGUGUUUGAGCCUAAAGGGCGAUCAGCUCUUUGGCCCAAAAUAAUUUAUAGCUCAUUAAAAAAUCUCAAGUACGGAGGGUGAGCCACAGACUGAGGACAAAGAAUAAGACCUUUAAUUUGCCAAGUAACAAAUCUGUUUAUUAUUAAGAUCCAGAGUGAUCGAUCUUUGACAUCAUCAUCGUCAAAUGGACAACAUAGGAAUAAAAGGAAGCGAGUGUUUUGGCAUUAGCUGGAAGAACAAUUGCUGACCUGAUGAUCAAGUCUGGAUCAGCGGCAGGCUGUGUUGCUCUUGCUACUCAUCCUGUAUGAGUAGCUUGUGUGAAAGCUGCUUGCACAUAAUGUUCAAGUGUAUGCAUGUGAUGUCAUCCACCCAGUUCACACCACUGUUGUCCAGCCUUCAUAAAAAAAAAAAAACAUUUAAAAAAACAAAAUCAACUCUGUGACCAUCUCAUAAUGAUGCUGAUGUGUUUGGAAGCACGUGCUGCACAGAGGGCCGUCGAGUCUCUCAGACUAGCUGUGGGGAAACCUCCUACAUGUUGCCGUGCACACGCUAUUUUCUAUGAAGAGAGCAGAUCUAUCAGAGCAUUUUGUAACAAAGAAAAAGCAGGUGUAAUUGCUUUUCAGAGGUGACAUUUUAAAAAACUAAAUAAAUACAAGAACACUGUUUCUGA